AUGGUGGAUCCAACACGAGCACGAGCACGAGCACGACCACCUCAAGUGUUUAUUAAUUCAGGCACAACCGAGUUACCCGAUGACUUCAUGAGACACCUCGUGUGGGGCUUGUCAGAGUUAGGGAUACUCAACAUCUUCAUAGACAGAGACGAAUGGUGGGGAAGAGACCUAGGCCAUGUCUUCACUUGUAUCGAGGAGUCAACAAUCGCGCUCGCUAUCUUCUCUUCGUGUUAUCCAGAGACAGAAUGGUGCUUGGACGAGCUUGUGAAGAUGAAGGAACGAGUAAACGAAAACAGACUCUUUGUGAUUCCUGUCUUCUAUAACGUGAGCAAGAACGACGUGAGAAACCUAGAGGGAGAGUUUGGAGAUCGAUUCAUGGAAAUGAGACAAAAAUAUGUUGAAUACAAAUACGAUCCUUUUAGGGCUCAAAGGUGGGAAACUUCGGUGACGUCUAUUUCAAGAAUGGAGCCUAGUUUGACGUGGGAAGCACACAGCUCGAAUAUCCCUCUUGCCUCAAACAUCGUUAAGGAGGUCAAGAGAGAGCUAGACAAGGCCUUGAACCCGGAAUCCUCCUUUCCUUUUGAGUUAUCCAAUGACUCCAAUUCAAAAAUGGCGAUCAGAGAAGUGUUUGUUUCUGCUUUUCUUGCGGCUUUUCUCUUUAGCCUCUUCAUAGCUCGUCUAGUUUUCACAGAUGUGAAAUUUUUCAGGACUGUGAAGUGGUUAGUAGGUUUUCCGAAGCACUUAAAAGCACUUAAAAGAGGCCGCACGAACAAGGCCAUCUUGCCCCCUAUCUACUAUACAAUGGAAGUCAACAGCCACCACCAAUCAUCGUUGCAGGAACCGCCUCAGGUGUUCAUCAGUUUCCGGGGAGAGGAGCUGCGUUGCGGUUUUGUCAGCCAUCUCGUGGAAGCUUUUCAAAGACAUCAUAUCAACGUUUUCAUAGACACGCUCGAGAGGAAAGGUGAAGAUCUAACCAAUCUCUUUGUGAGGAUCGAGGAGUCUACCAUCGCUUUGGUCAUAUUCUCCAAGAGGUACACGGAAUCGAAUUGGUGCUUAGACGAGCUAGUGAAGAUCAAGGAACGUGCAGAUCAAGGUUUGCUCAAGGUCAUUCCCAUCUUCUUUAAUGUGGAGCCAGUCACUGUGAAACAACUCCGGGGAACAUUCGGCGAUCAAUUCAGAUAUCGUGAGUGGAAAUAUCGGAGUGAUAAACUCAGAAUCAAGAGAUGGAAAGAGGCAUUAGCCUCGGUUUCUAGCAAAAUUGGCCUCAUCUUUGACAAGAAAAGGUAAUAGUCUUUUAAAACCCCUUCCCCACGCAACAAAAAUCUAUUAGUGUCUAACAAAUAUUUACUUUGGUUUUUUUUUUUGUAGUGAUGAAAGUAAAUUUGUUAGAAAAAUCGUUAAGGAGGUCGAGAAACUGCUUCAACUACAAGUUAAUCAUGCGGCCACUCAAGAACCGGUGCAGCUAUCAAGAGAGAGGUUUCUAGUGCAAGAAAACUCCAACAUUUCGAACCAGACUGUUGUGGUUUCCAAGGAUUUCGAAUAUCAACAAAGCAUUCUUAGGGCUCAGCUCGUUGAACUAAACCAGAGGCUGCAGUCACUGAACUCUACGAUCGAAAUGGUGGACAGAGUCGUCCGAGACAUUUCUGAAUUUCUGAUCAACCCUUGGCAAUGUCUUACUUCACAGCCAAGCAUGGCCUCUACUUUUGAUGCUGUACUACCAUAUAUGGCUUUGUAGUUAUAAAUCUUUGUAAAACAUCAUCUACUCUAGCAAACCCUAGUCCUUUGUUCAAGCUCACAGUCUGUAAAUAAUAUUCCCCUUAAUUAGUUGUGUACAUAAUAUUGUUUUAAACAUUUUGUUACUUGACUUUUUUGACUAUGAGCAAGCAGCUACCGUUUUCGUCAAUUUUCCUCAAAGAGAACAUACCUGACACAGGAGUUGAUGAACCUCCACAAUAAUCUAUCAAGAGAUUGAGAACUUUAUGAUCUAAAUGCUUCAGGGCUCGAAAGCUCUAAGCAAGCUAGUAUAGCCUCGGUGAUCAAUCAACUGAAGAUUAAUCCUUCGUCCGAAAGUUCUUGGGUCAACUAGUGCGCGGAUUAAUCCUUCUUCUCCAGCUCAAAAAUGAAUCGGAUUGAACAAUCUAAAAGAUCGAACUUACUGAUUUUGUAUGGAUUAAGCUAGUUCGGUUCCUGAUUGGAGACCUACAUCUGGUCGGAGGACUCUGUAAAUCUCGACCAGAACUUGUGGUUACAGAGUUUUUCUCAGUAACCCUAUCUCUAUUCUCUGGUUAGAGACUCGAACAAGAGAGGAUCGAAGAAGAUAUAAUAGAGUAAA